CUACGGAAUCUCUUUCUUCCGUCUCUCUCACUCACUCUUUCCUUUAUAAAUCGUUCUUCUCUCAAACCCUGUUUUCGCCUCUCGCGAUCGAAUAGGGAGGACUGAGGAGAAAAGAACUAAGAAGCUUGCGGCUUGAUCGAUUCGGGCUGCUUUUGGCGGCCCGGAUCUCGUCGUCCUCUGAUCGUACGGCGGGGGCGGGCUUGUCGGCCACUGCCUACGUGAGUGUCCGUCAAGAAACGGGAAAUAAAGGAACCGCCUUUCUCGUGUUUCUCUUCCAGUUUUCCUGUGACGCUUUCAGUCCAUUGCCUUGUUUUCGUUCUCCGCAUUCCGGUUACAUUACCGGAGAAAAAGAAAGAAACGCUGAAGGAAGAGUACAAUCUUCUCUGUGUAAGCAAUCUGCGUGUUAGAUAUCUUCAGCACUGUUCGUUUUAAGUCAUAGAAGAUGACUUGGUUAUAUCAAGAGGGAGCAGCUUGGCUGAUGCUCAUGGAGGCCAAUGGCCUAGUAAAGAUAACAAGAAGGAACCACAUGGCUCAAGGAGAUAUUGAUGCGAAAUCUAAAAGUGAAUUUGGCGAGCUUGAUCCAUGGACAGCUUGGGCAUACAAGCCACGCACAAUAUCUUUACUCCUCAUCGGGACAUGUAUAUUAGUUUGGGCAAGUGGAGCACUUGAUCCUGAAAGCACAGCAUCAAAAGACAUUGUUUCAUCAGUAAAGAGGGGUGUUUGGGCAAUGAUUGCAGUGUUCCUAGCCUAUUCCUUGCUGCAAGCACCUUCAACGGUCCUUAUAAGGCCGCAUCCUGCCAUUUGGCGCUUGGUUCAUGGAAUGGCUGUGGUGUACCUUGUUGCCCUCACUUUUUUGCUUUUUCAGAAUCGUGAUGAUGCUCGGCAGUUUAUGAAAUAUCUCCACCCUGAUCUAGGAGUUGAACUACCUGAAAGGUCAUACGGAGCUGAUUGUCGUAUUUAUGUCCCUGAUAAUCCAAAAAGCAGGUUUAUCAAUGUUUAUGAGACAUUAUUUGACGAGUUUGUUCUUGCUCAUAUUUUUGGAUGGUGGGGGAAGGCGAUAAUGAUACGUAACCAGCCCCUUUUGUGGGUGUUGUCAGUUGGCUUUGAAUUAAUGGAGCUUACUUUUCGUCAUAUGUUGCCGAAUUUCAACGAGUGUUGGUGGGACAGUAUUAUUUUGGACAUCUUAAUCUGCAAUUGGUUUGGUAUUUGUGCAGGAAUGCGUACUGUUAGGUACUUUGAUGGGAAAACCUAUGAAUGGGUUGGCAUAAGUCGCCAGCCAAAUAUCAUUGGUAAAGUCAAAAGAACAUUGGGGCAAUUUACACCCGCACGAUGGGACAAAGAUGAAUGGCAUCCUUUGCUUGGACCAUGGAGGUUCAUUCAAGUGCUGUGCCUCUGUGUUGUUUUUAUGACCGUGGAGCUCAAUACCUUCUUUCUCAAAUUUUGUCUUUGGAUUCCACCUAGAAACCCCUUGAUUGUUUAUAGAUUGGUUCUGUGGUGGUUAAUUGCUAUACCAACUAUCCGUGAGUACAAUACCUACUUGCAAGACAGAAAGCCUGUGAAGAAGGUUGGAGCAUUCUGUUGGAUUUCACUAGCGAUUUGCAUAGUGGAGCUUCUGAUAUGUGUCAAAUUUGGACAUGGUCUCUUUCCCCAUCCAAUGCCCCCGUGGUUGAUUACAUUCUGGACGACUGUGGGUAUGGCCCUCGUUGUCUUCCUACUUGUUUGGUCAUCGCAUAUUCAUCGAGUAGUGAUGAAAAAAAGGUUAUGAUCGCCUUUCAGAUUUUUCUUCUACCAUUUAUUGUGCCAUGUAAAUAUGCCUCACAUUUGUAAAUGGCGUAAUUGAUGCCUAGACUGGAAACCAGUCUGGCAGGUAGAGGAAAUUCCUUUAUGUUCUGUUUUUUUUUUUGUGGCAAUUAUGUUUUUGGUUUCAAUUCCUCCUGUACUGUUAGUAGCUGUUUUUCUCAAUGACUUUGACUCUUAUUUAUUCAAUUAAACUGUGAGAUAAGUUCAUAUUUGAAAAAUGAAAUCGGUGUUCUCACU